GUAACAGUUCUACGUACGUACUUGGGUUUUCUCCGCUGCCGCGAGCGACAUUGUGAGAGAGAGCGAGAGCGAGUGUGAAAGGAUCUUUGAGAGAGAGAGAGUCAUGGAGACGGUUGCAGUUGCAGACGCCAUUGUCGUAUCUGCCGAGAAGAAGCUUGGAAGCACUGAAAUAAGGCAGAAGAAGAACAAAAUUCAGGUCUCCAACACCAAGAAACCUCUCUACUUCUACGUGAAUCUCGCUAAGAAGUACAUGCAGCAGCAUGAGGAGGUUGAGCUCUCAGCCUUGGGCAUGGCAAUCGCUACAGUUGUCACAAUUGCUGAAAUUCUGAAGAACAAUGGAAUGGCUUCCCAGAAGAAGAUUAUCACUUCUACAGUCGGCAUGAAAGAUGAGACUAAUGGACGCCUGGUUCAGAAAGCCAAGAUAGAAAUAUUACUGGCAAAGACUGAAAGUUCAGAUAAUAAUGUGCUAACUGCUACAACAAUCACACCAGAGGUGGCUGCAGAUGGCAAAGAGGAAUGAUAUGAUAGCCUGUAGUAGUUAACUGUUCAGAUUUGAUUUUUUGUAACAUGAAUAUUGUUUCAUUAGGGGUCUCAGACAGAUAGCAAAUGUAGAUCUGCUGCUGUUUACAUUGACAAGGAUUUGUUAAGAAAUUAGUGUUG